AAUUUCCACUUCCGGGGUGAAGUUAGACUGAUAUUUUCGUCAUGGGCGAGGGGCGUAUUUAGCUUUUCUGCGUUAGAGCAGGGAUUCUCCUCCAGUUUAUGCCAUGCUAGAGCUAGAUACCGGCCCCUGAUAGUGAAAUGGCGUGGGUACGCACCGCUUUGGAAAUCCAGCAGCUUGGAGGGGAGGCAGAGGUGUUUGAUGAAGAUGGAGACGAGAUGCGCCUUUUGCAGCGAGAUUGGCAGCUGUCCAUGGAGAAGAGAAUUAAGGAGGGCUACGUUGAUGGAAUAGAGGCUGGGAAAGAAAAUUCUCUACAAACAGGGUUUAAUUUUGGAUAUAAAGUUGGAGUGAACCUGCUAAAGCAUUACGGAGAGCUUAAAGGGAUCUUAAGUGCACUCCUGGCAUGGUGCCAACUUCACAAGACAAAAGAUGCAGCUUCUGGAAAACUACAUGAGCUUCUGACUUCAUUAGAUCAGUGUGAGGAACAAAUUGUAAAAGAUCUAUCUUCCUUUUAUAAAGGUGCACAACCAUCUGAUUUGUUGCACUGUGUGGAGGACAUGGCUCUAAUCAGUCAUGAGCAUAGAUGUGAACUGAAUGAGCCAGGCUCCUGCGCAGGUUCCAGGAACUGUUGCACAAGUCAGGACUCUAAUGGAUCAUCAACAUUCCGUUGCAUGAAUACCAACUAUAUCAGCGAUUCAACAAAAGAAGAACUUUGUAAGAUUUUUAAGGAGACACUUUUGGUGGCUGAACAACUUGAUAUUUCAGCAGAACUUCUUUACUAUAUUCAAACACUCAAUAACACAGAGUCACCUCUUAUUCAAUUAAAGUGCUAGCCACAGCCAGUGCACCAUAUUUUUUGUUUCUUUUUAAACAUGUUACAAUGUAACCAAAGUUACACAAAUGACACAUUUAUACUUGUUAGGUUCAGAACUAUCGGUCAUAGAAAUUAUGUUUUUAGAGUCGGUUAGACUCUUUUAAAUACAGUUUGAUUUAGAUAAAGGGACAUUGAUAUUUAAUGAUUUUAUAUUGGUUAAAAAUAACACAACUCGGUGUAAAAUAUACAUCUCUACCAUAAUAGCAAGAUAAAAGUAAAUACAUUGUUAAAAGCCCCUUUUUUUUUUUUUAGCUGCAUUGUUUAGUUUUGGGUUAAACUUAACAAAUAAGUGUACAAGAUUAGGUCAUUUUGUAUUGGGGGGAAGGCAACUGACAAAGUUCAACCUCUCUAAAUGAUCCCCCGUGCAUAUUUUAUUGUAGUAUUUAUGCAGUGCUCACACAUUCACAUGCACACUAGGGUCAUUUUUAGCAGGAGCCAGUUAA